UGUCAGAUAUUGAAUUAUAGGUUAUCUGUCAAUACUGAUUUAUACAUAUUUUAUAUAAUAAAAAAAAACGCUGUCCGUACUUCUUUCUUCGGAAUUUUACACACAUCUUUCAAUUCAAACUCACAAGUUUUUCUGACAUAAGUUUUUUUUAUUUAUUUCGUCAUGGCAGAUUUAAUAGAAAAAAUACUCAACCACGUUAACGAACACGAAAAUGUCAAUACUUUAGAUUUAGUGUCAAUAUUUGAGGUGGAUCAUCAAAAAAUUAUAGGAGCUCUAAAAAGCAUAGAAGCAACCGGUAAUGUUCUGACUUCUAAGCCUGUGACGACAAAAUCAUGGGAGCUCACCGAGGAAGGGAAAAUGAUUGCCAAGCAUGGUAGCCAUGAAGCUAGUAUUUUCAAAUCUAUACCUUCAGCAGGGAUAAAUCAACCUGACUUAAUGAAGUUACCAAAUGCUAAAAUCGGCUUUAGCAAAGCCAUGGCAUUAGGAUGGAUAGCAAUUGACAAAUCUGGCAGUACACCAGUUGUUAAACAAAAGGUUCAAAAUAUCAUUGAUGUCACUCAGCAGCAUUUACAGAUGAUUUUAAAUGGAAAUUUUGAUGGUAAUAAUGUACCGGCAAAUAUGAAAGCUGAAUACAAGAAGCGAAAAUUAAUACAAGAAAUAUUAAUCAAGAGCUUUGAUUUAUCAAAAGGAGAUGAUUUUAGUACUACCUUAAGCAAAUUAGAAACCGAUUUAAUGGUGGAUAUGAUGGCAGGAGAUCUAUGGAAGAAAUUGAAGUUCAAACCAUACAAUUUUAAUGCUUUAGGAUACUCUCCUGAUUCAGGUCAUUUACACCCUUUGCUAAAAGUGAGAAGUGAAUUUCGACAAAUAUUUUUAGAGAUGGGAUUUUCUGAAAUGCCUACUAAUAACUAUAUAGAAAGCUCAUUUUGGAAUUUUGAUUCUUUAUUUCAACCUCAGCAGCAUCCCGCAAGAGACGCUCAUGACACAUUUUUCAUAUCAGAUCCUGCUUUAACUUCAAAUUUUCCUGAAGAGUAUUUGAAUAGAGUAAAACAAGUUCAUAGCAAAGGUGGCUAUGGUUCUCAGGGCUAUGGUUAUGAUUGGAAGAUAGAUGAAGCAAGAAAGAAUCUGUUGCGCACACAUACAACUGCUGUUAGUGCAAGAAUGCUGUAUAAUUUAGCACAGAAUCCUGAUGGUUUCAAACCAGUAAAAUAUUUUAGCAUUGAUAGAGUUUUCCGUAAUGAAACACUUGAUGCAACUCAUCUAGCUGAAUUUCAUCAAGUUGAAGGUGUAGUAGCCGAUAGAGGAUUAGCUCUUGGUGACCUAAUUGGAGUUUUAUAUGAAUUUUUCAAAAAAUUGGGAAUAACACAAUUAGAAUUUAAACCAGCAUAUAAUCCUUACACUGAACCUAGUAUGGAAAUUUUUUGUUAUCAUCCAGGACUUGCAAAAUGGAUUGAGGUUGGAAAUUCUGGAAUUUUUCGUCCUGAAAUGCUAUUACCAAUGGGCUUGCCAGAAGAUGUAAAUGUAAUUGCUUGGGGACUGUCACUGGAAAGACCAACAAUGAUUAAAUAUGGAAUAAAUAAUAUUAGAGAUUUAGUUGGGCCUAAAGUUGAUUUGCAAAUGGUUAAGGAUGGGUCAAUAUGUAGAUUGGGAAAUUGAAAUACCAGAGAAAGUGUGACAUUUCUUUUGAUUAAAGAAAUGUUUGAUUGAAGAAUGUUAGUCAGAUCCAUAUCGUAGUUAAAUAUGAAAUACAGUGGACGAGUUUCUUAUCUACAAGACGAUGUAUACAAGGACGCUCACUCACAUUUUGGAAUCGAAGCAAAAAAUAUUGAAUAUAUUUUAAUUUACUACAUAGAAAGUAUCAGUUAUCAGCUAUUUUAUAAUAAAUUAAUUA